AAAUCCUGUUUUUCAAUGGUUCUAAGGCGAUUUUGUUCUCGAAGAACUGUCCCUCAAGUCUGCGUGGUAGGUGCAGGACCAGCUGGUUUCUAUGCUGCAAUGCACUUAUCUAAGAAUCUUAGGCCUGUUAAAAUCGACAUUAUCGAAAAGUUGCCUGUGCCUUUUGGAUUAGUUAGAUAUGGAGUGGCACCAGAUCACCCGGAAGUAAAGAAUUGUAUUAAUCAAUUUACUAAAUUAGCAAAUCAAGAAAAUAUUAGCUUCUAUGGAAAUAUAACAUUAGGCAAAGAUAUUAGUCUGGAUAAUUUGAGACAACAUUAUGAUGCAGUCUUACUUACAUAUGGUGCAGAAGAGGAUAAAACUCUAGGUAUUCAAAAUGAAGAUGCACAAAAUAUAAUAGCAGCUCGUAAUUUUGUUGGUUGGUAUAAUGGACAUCCUCGUGAUAAAGAUUUAAAAGUAGAUCUCUCUGGACGCACUGGAAUUAUUAUUGGCCAAGGUAACGUAGCGUUAGAUGUAGCAAGAAUACUCAUGUCACCAAUUGAUUUACUUAAGAAAACCGACAUAACUGAAUUUGCCCUACAGGCUAUAUCAGAGUCAAACAUUAAAGAAUUAUACCUAAUUGGAAGACGAGGUCCCCUACAAGUUGCAUUUACAAUUAAAGAAUUAAGGGAACAAUUGAAAUUACCUAAUUGUCUAACAAUAUGGAGAAAGCAAGAUUUUGAAGGUAUUGCUGAAGCAGUUGCCAACCUCCAGAGGCCUCGCAAGAGGCUAACUGAGCUCAUGUUGAAAUCAAUGGAUAAUCAAUCUUCUCAACCUGUAUCACACGAAAAGUAUUUUCGACCAAUAUUUUUUAGGAGUCCUCACAAAUUUUUAGUUCAUAAUGGUCAAGUUAGUGGGAUCGAGCUUACAUGUAAUAAGUUAUAUGGUGAUGAGGUAGAAAAUCAGAGGUGUAUUAUGACAGAACAUAAAGAAACUAUUGAUUGCAGUUUAGUUUUUCGUAGUAUAGGAUAUAAAAGUAUAAAAGCAGAUAGUGCUUUAUCGUUUGGAUCUAGUGGUUGUGUUGUAAAUGAAAAUGGAAGAGUAUUAGAUAGUAAAGGAAGGGAAUUUGGACACUUAUAUGUUGCUGGUUGGUUGGGUACUGGACCAGUGGGUGUUAUAAUACAUACAAUGGGAAACGCAUUCCAAGUAGCAAUAAAUAUUUGUCAUGAUCUAAAGAAUUGUGAAUCGUCUAAAGAUGGUUUUGAAGGCUUGAGAAACAUUCUCAAAAAUUUUAACAGUCCCAUUGUAACUUGGCAGGGAUGGGAAAAAAUUAAUAGUUUUGAAAUUGAGCUGGGCAAAAAGUUUGGAAAGCCUAGAGAAAAAAUAACUUUGUUAUAAUUUUAGGCAUUUACAAUGGCGGAAGAAAAUUGGAACGAAGACAACAUGGAGACGGGCGGCGUGGCCAUCGAUAACAUGCCGUUGCCCCAAGCCGCUGAUAUCCCUGAAAUUAAACUAUUUGGAAGAUGGAGUUGUUAUGAUGUCCAAGUUUCCGAUAUGUCACUUCAGGACUAUAUCUCUGUUAAAGAAAAGUACGCUAAGUACUUGCCCCAUUCUGCUGGUAGGUAUGCCCACAAACGAUUCCGUAAAGCUCAGUGUCCAAUUGUUGAGCGCCUUACCAACUCUCUGAUGAUGCACGGUCGCAACAACGGCAAGAAGUUAAUGGCUGUGCGAAUUGUCAAACACGCAUUUGAAAUUAUCCACCUUCUAACUGGUGAGAACCCACUACAAGUUCUUGUUACUGCCAUUAUUAAUUCUGGUCCUCGGGAAGAUUCAACUAGAAUUGGUCGUGCUGGUACUGUGCGUCGUCAAGCCGUGGAUGUGUCUCCACUCCGUAGGGUGAACCAAGCUAUCUGGCUGUUGUGCACUGGUGCUCGUGAGGCUGCCUUCAGAAACAUUAAAACAAUUGCGGAAUGUGUUGCGGAUGAACUUAUCAAUGCGGCUAAGGGUUCAUCUAAUUCAUAUGCUAUCAAAAAGAAGGAUGAACUUGAGCGUGUUGCUAAAUCCAACCGUUAAUUAAUUCUAAGUACAGGACUUAAUAAACAUAAAAUGCUAA